AUGGUAGACCUAACCGUAAGAAAUAAAUCGGCUGAGAUUUUGAGCAACGCAAACAAUCCAGAAUUAGAAAUGGAUUUCAGGGCAACUUGCUUAAUGAUUCAGCUCGAUACUAGUCUUUACGACCCACCACUAAUGCAAACUUGCCAAGAUUAUCUUAAUGCUUGUCAACAUGGAGCAUCUCUUUAUAGUAUUAGAGGAGAUAGCAAGAGAACUUAUUUAUAUAUUUAUAACACUGAAACUGAAACCCAAAAAGUCUUAAACUUGCAGACUCCACAACCACUAGACUGAUUCACUUGCAUAACUCAACUUCCCAAUGGCAAGCUAUUCUGUUUUGGUAAUUGUUCACAUUCUGGAUAUACAGUGCUAAUUGAUAAAAAUGGUGAAGUCGAAGUGCUACCAUCUGGAACUCCUUGUUCAUGCAUCUAUUUAAAAAGCAGCGUCUAUUUAUUUGGAGGAUAUAGUAAUAAAGGCUUAUUUACUCUAUCUAGUAGAUUUGAUUUGGGUCGAAAUCGAUGAAUUCAAUUAACUCCAAUACCACAGCCUGAUUAUGAAUGCCAUAGUCUAAUGUUUAAUAGAAAUAUUUUGAUUUCUGGAAGGUAUAGUAGAAAUCUUUUGUUAUACUCAGUCGAUAUUGACUCUUUCUCGGCAAUUCCUUAUGAGUUUGGUGAAAGAAAAAGAAAGAUCCUUAUAAAUUUAGAGAGAUCUUAUUUGAUUGAAUGUGAUGAAGGAGGUAUUUAUGAAAGUGAAAUUGGAAGUUACAUAAAUUGGAGACAAAUAGGAAAAGCAGCAAUCUAUUGCAUUGCUCGUCAGGUGUACUGUUCAUAUAAUAAAGAAUUUAUACACAUUGGAAUUGAAGGAUCUGACUACUUCAAGUUUGAUUUAAAUGAAAGGAAAUUGAUAGCAUUAAAAAAGUAUAAAAUGCUAUUUAAAAGUAAGUAA